AAGACACAGAGCUGCCAUGGGUACGGCCUCCCGACAGUAUAUAUUGGCGGCCGCUCCUCGGAGUGGUUUUAUUUAAUUCGGGCGUCCGCUGUACCACGAGCCGUGGAAGGAUCGUGCGACAGGUGCGCUGUUUACUUCUUCUCUGCCUCCUCACCGCUCGGACUUUGUCUUCUCUGACCUCUCUCCAAUCGACCAUUAGCGGAGGCUCGUUUUCGCUUCUAAUUUCGCGAAAGGCCAGUGAAAUGCUCGUGUGCGCCUGAGUAGAACCGCGUAUAUUGUCUCAGCUGUCGACAUAUAAUAAUUCACCAGCAGCCAGUGCCAGCUUCCCUGCCCACAAACUUGCACCUCUGCCAUGAUGGCGGCAAGCUCCUCAGCGGCCUAUGGCGGCCCGGCCAUCAAGCUCGAGGACAGCCCGGAGCCCUCUCCGCCACGCAUUACCCCGUCCAACGACCCUCACUGCGAGCCGGCAAUAAACUGGACGCCUCCAGCACUUGUCACAGACCAGAAAGACCCUGAGGGUUUCCUCAGACGGUGUUCAGGGUACAUCAAGAAGACUAAAGCGCGGUGCAGCGCCGCCAUUGGCAGGAACUCGCACCAUGCAAAGAACUCCCACCCGAAGUUCCUGCCGACCUGUUAUGCGCAUCGCGAUCAGCGCAGUUUUGCCGGAUGGUGUCAGUUCCAGCAGCAGGAUGGAGCGAGAUGCGGCAGGCUGUUCAGGUGGACGCCGCCGUACUUGGAGCUCUGCUCCGAGCAUCAAUGCCGUCCAGACACGCCAUGCUACUUCAUGAAGCUGCCGCUAGAGCUGCGGCUCGAGAUAUUCCGUUACUUGCUGCCUUCGGAGCCCAUUGGGUCCUCGUCUUCGCCCAUGCACCAAGAGCAGAAUGACACUUAUUCAUCGCCAUCUCUGCCUCCCAUUGCAUCCAUCACUAUGAACAAUUGGGGUAAUCCUUUACCUCCGCCGCCUCCAACCCCCUCGCGGCCCCCGCCUUAUGUGAGGCCUUGGCGCCGCCCCUGUCGCGUGUUCUCGCAAUCUCCAGCGAUGCCGCCGAAAACUUUCCCAUUUCCCAUAGUGGAUUUAUUUCUCGUGAACCGGCAGGUACACGUGGAAGCGAAGGAUUUGUUGUACAGCACUGUUCCUUUUGUCAUUGACAUUCGAAAGGAUGGGACUUUCAUGUGCGGGCGGCGUCUGCUCGAGCCGAGGAGGGCUGAUGGACUACCUCAUUGUGCUGUCGAUGAUGCUGAAGCAAUUGCACAGCGUUUCAUACGGAGUUUUGAUUGGACAUCUGUCAAGAAUUAUAACGUGGACAUCUUGGUUGAGAACUGGAAUGCCGCGACACCUCCUGGGCUAAAUCGACCGGAUUCUUCGUGGGAUGAGGAGGUUGAGAUAUAUGAUAUCCGAGACUAUGUGGGAGCCGCUGUCACUGGCAUUCUCAGUAAAGCACGGAACCUCUGUAGACUCAACGUCCGUCUUGGCCUUUCCAAAUUUCGAUGGUCGGAUGAAGAACUUCUCUCCAACACAAAAUGUUUGGUCGCCCCUUUCAACCGUCUCCGUAAUGUUCGCCAACCUAGGUUCAGAGGUGUCUUUGAUGGUACCACCCGGACGCCCUACAUGAUCAACAUCGCAUCGCCGGCUAUCCAGCUAGGGCCCUCUGCCGGCCCUGCCGGCCUAGGCCUGGCUCCCCCAAAGCCCUCGCUUUGCUCUGUGCCCCAGUUCCCAAUGCGUACUCUCCUCCUUGGCCCGGGUAACAUCGAAUUUGAUCAGUUCAGAGAAGGCUGGGAAUCAUGUCUUUCUCAGACGGCGGAUGGGCCACCCAAGAAAGCGCCAAUCCGCAACAUGUUCAUCGAAUUCAAAAAGUUCUAUUGUGAACUAUCAACUGUUGUCCCGGAGGUGAUGCAAAGAACAGGUCGGCGAGCAUUUCUACACCGUGCCCGCGUCGCUCGAGAAAACGAGGACCUCGAGGCCUUCCGAGAAGUGCGCAAUGAGCUUAUUAUCUACUGGUACACCUAUCUUGAGCAGGAGGAGGCCAAGAAAGAUGACAUGAAUGCGAGACUUAGCCGUAUGUUGGAUGCAGAUACCUAUUCAUCGACCGGAUCAGAACAACCUCAACGCCGGGGAUCCUCAGCCGCCUCUCCCAUUUUGUUGGAUGUCGAGAAGAUGACUGCUGAGGGGAUUCCUAUGCAAGGAAAUCAAAUGAGCGACAGACAAAUCCAACAACGUCAGGCCAUGGUAACGAGACAACGGCAAUUACAGGGGCUGAUUAUGGCGAGGCAGCAAACCCAGGCCACUACUCACCCACAUGGGAUACAUCAUCAUAUGACUGGACAUGCCUCGCGACCUCCAAAUCUGCACUUGAAUCCGCAGAGUACUAUUCAAAUCCAGGCUGCUCAUGUCCAAGCUCAAAGAAAUGCUGUUAUAUCGGCGACGGCGACACGACGGCGAGCAGCUCAACUCGCCGCAGAGCAGCAACGUCAGCAACAACGCCAAUUUGCGUUUCAACAAGCUCAACCAGCAUUUCGAGCGACGGUGUCGCAUCCGCAAAAUAUUGCAAUGCCAAGCAUGCCGACUCAAGGGAGUGAUUUUAUAAAUGUCUACGGCCCGUCCAAAAUAUCCGAUUCGACUUUCAGUUCCACGAGUCACAUAUCUGUACUUGCAUCUUCUCCAUCGCCCUCGGCGUCUACUGCCUCUUCAGCAACCCUUCCCUCUCCGCAUGAAUCGAACAGACAGGGCUUCUCAAUACCACCUGAGUGCUCCUCGUCAUCGUCUGGCUCUACCCCCGCGACCGUGACCACGACCGCACAACUUCCUUCCCCUCUAACUUACCCUGACACUACGACUUCCGAUUUCUCGCGCUCAUGCCAAAACAAACACCCAAACCAAAACCUACCAAAUGUCUAUACCUCUUACAAACGGAACCAAACCCAAAAUCAAUACCAAGUCCAAAACGAACCUACCGUCCAAACUUUCUGUUGGCUCGACCCCCCUUGCUUCCCUCUGCAUACUCCACAACAACAACAAAGCCAACAUCCAAUAGCUCCUAACUACCCGAACGCAAACACCGUUUCAUUGGCUCCUGACGAUUUACCCCCUGCCGGAGCGCCCGACUCAAAUCUUGUGUGCUUUGGCGACCACAACGCCCGGGAACAAGCAUGCUAUGGAAAAGAUCUUAACUGUCCUCCACCGGGAGUUCCUGACCCCGUCAGUCCGCUGACGCCAGCAAGGAAGAAGAGAAGAAUUGAUAACACAAGAGAUGAAAACGGGCAUGGCAGUCGUGAGGUUGGAGGACACCCAGACGGAGACACUGGAGGCAAGGUUUCAUUACUUGAAAAUGAAAAUUCUGGCAUGCAAAGUGAUGAGUUGAAGUGGCCGGAUCACGGGGGUCCGUCUAACGGAACACUUGCGAUUUCGGAGUGGGAUUUUAAAGGGAAGGGGAAGCAAAGAGUGGAUGUGGUUAUUUUGGAUUGACUGGCCUAAACAUUUUCGCCGUAUUUGGAUGACCCUCUCUAGAGAAGUUGGUGGGUGGCGUUUGGUGAAUAUCCCUUGUGCACAUUUCUUCCUCUUGUCUACCCAACACCAGUUUGCCUUACCUCCCCCUUAUCUUUAGUCUUCUUUCCUUCCUUGGUUCAAGUACCUUGGUGUCCAUUGGUUUGGGACUCGCGACUUGAUUCUUUCUCUUUCCCUUAUAGCCUCACUGUACUUUCCGGCUAAUGACUGUAUGACUGCACGACCUUUUUGUGCCAGAAUGAUGAUUAGGGUUAUAUGUAUGUAGGUUUAUGCCUAAUAUAUUAAU